AUGGAUAGUAUAAGCAAGGCUAAAAAGCUUCAAGCUAUGCGCAAAUCGAAGCUUGUUGGGUCACAGCAAUCUCCCGUAGGCGAAAUUUAUUAUGAGUAUGUAGAGAGGAGCAAGAGUCUUAGAGGAGUCUCAACUCAUCAAGACAAGGCAGAGGAGAACAAACCGGAGCUGUCGACCUGGGUUGAACAAGAGACUAAUAUUCAAGAUAAAGAAGUAGUGCUGAGGGAAGAAGAUAAUGAAGUUACUGAAUUAACCGACAAAGGAGAUAAAGAGGUUCAUGAAGAAGUUAGAGUAGAAGAAUAUCAGCCUGAUGAGAAGGAAAUAAAUGAAGAAGAAGAGAGUGGAUUGCCUCCGGAGGAACUAAACAGAAGAGUUGAGGAGUUCAUUGCAAGGAUAUCUAAGCCAGAAACUCAGUUAUCGACAACUUAUAAUGACCAGUUGGUCGUGAGACAUGGAAAACGUUCAGCUGUUUCUGUUGUCUCUUUAGGUGGCGGGUUUGAAAUGUCAAGGGUAAUAUUGCUUUUCAAGCAGGCAAGACUGUGCUAUUUCAAAUGGAACUCCUUUGGAUUCUGGGAGUAUUUUCUGGGCCAGCCUGCAUCCAUUGUGACUUUGACCCCUGCAUGGCUCAUAUUCCUUCCUUAG